GCCAGAGGCUCAGGCAGACAUGCAUUUACUUAUAUCCGGGUAAGAGAGGAAAAGAAAAAAAGUUAUUUCAUUUAACCCUGAACAAAAACUUUCAAUUUGAAAUCACAGCGCAGCGGCAGACACAGACAGUGAGACAUUACCAGUUUCUUUUUCUUUAUCUCUCAGCUAGAACUUUACGGUUUGCAAAGGUUACGUUUUUAUUUAAAUCUCAAGUUUUUGUUUCUGCUUGCAUGAAUGAUAACUGAAAACAUAUUGAAAUGAAAUGUCAGCGCAAGUAGCUGCAGCUCCAGCGACUUCGAACAAUAAAAGCGCGAGUUUAUCAAGCAGUCUGAGUCGGGAUUUAGACCCUGUGAAACCGGGCGCAGGACCGAGAUCUGGAUCAAUGCUGCUGGGAGUUGGAGAUGGGACUAGUACUAAUAUGAAUAAUGUAGAUCACCAUUAUCAUGGAAUGAACACGACCAAUACAACGUCUGCUGCUGCUUCUACAAAUACAAACUCAGACCCGAGAGAGAAAGCAGGUAGGAAUAAUCAUAAUAAUCACCAUCAUCCAGCUCUGUCUGCUGCUGCUUCGAGUAUGGAGACGGGUUUGAUAGCGAAUCAUACACAGAAACAUGUUGGUGUCGGAGAUCCCCCUCCUCCGGCUCACCGCCAUAUACCAGCACCGCCGCCGCAGCAGCAGCAACAGCAAUUUAAUCAAUUUCAGCAGCACCGUCCACAUCAAUUUCAGAAUAGCAGCAGCCAGACACAGGCACAAGCCGAACCAGAGAACAAGCAGCAUCGAGGGAAAGACAAUAUUCUGGGAAGUCAGGUCGCGCAGCAGCAGCAAAUGCUGAAUAAAAGUGAGGAGGAAGCAGAGGAGCUGCCCUGCAAACCGGCGGAUCAGAUGGGCAGCAAGUACGAGCAAGCCAGCUUGGGACCCCCGAACAACAACACCAACAACCAACAAAGUAGCGCAGGGAGCAGCACUGUUUCAGAGUGUCAUCGCUAUUAUGGCAAUGCGAGAGGGGGGCCUCGCUUUGAUCAACAUGGCGGACAACAAAGCCCUGGGAUGGGGGUGAUGCAUCCUUCAGCUCCCAGCAGCAUGGAUCCCUCGCAAAACUCCCACGAAGCUUACCAGAACAGCCAGUACAACCACUACCCGAACUACAGACCGGGCUACGGCACGAUGAGCUCUCCAAGGCAGGGCAAUAGCAUGGGUCCGGGCAGUAAUACUAUUGCUGCUGCUGCUGCCAGUCACCACGGCAAAGCGACUGCUAUGGCUGCUGCUGCUGCUCAUAGUAAUGUUGGGGGGUUUCACAGAUUUCCAGGACAAAGCCAGCACCCUUCAGGGGCGACCCCGACGUUGAACCAGCUCCUGACGGCCCCCAGCGCAAUGAUGAGGGGCUAUGGCACUAGCUAUCCAGAUUAUAACAGCCCAAGUACACCCCUUCAUCAUCAUCAACAACAACAGCAGCCACCUGGCCUGGCCGUGGGCAUGGGCAGAGACGUGAGUUCACAGUAUGAGUCUGCAACCCAGGGCUGGGCACUACAACAAAGAACGCACCCAGCGAUGAGCCCAGGGAACACCAUGAGUAGAGCGCAGACCAAUGCAAUGGAUCCAAUGGUGAUGAAGCAAACGCAGCUGUAUGGGAUGAACAGCAACCCCUAUUCGCAGCAGCAGCAGGGCGGGACCUAUCCAGGCCAGCCAUACGUAUCCCCUCCUCCCCACAGAUACCCAAUGGGAAUGCAGGGCGGGAACCAGGAAGGAAUGGGCGGAAUGCAGUACUCACAACAACAGCAGAUGCCUCCUCAGUAUAGUCAGCAAGGCCUGCAGUCGUACUACAGCCCCCCACAGCAGCCAGCGUUACCGGCACAGCCUGCACACAUGCAGCAGAAGCUCCCGCCCCAGCAGGGUGUUUCUCAUGAAGGCUAUGGGAACAGAAGCCAGCUCUCCAUGACUCCAGGAAAACCCAACCACGUGGACAGGAGUCUAGUACAGCAAGAGAGACCGUCCAGGAGUCUAGUACAGCAAGAGAGACCAUCCAGGAGUCUAGUACAGCAGGAGAGACCGUCCAGGAGUCUAGUUCAGCAGGAGAGACCGUCCAGGAGUCUAGUACAGCAGGAGAGACCGUCCAGUUUGCCUGACCUAUCUGGUUCCAUCGAUGACUUGCCCACAGGAACCGAAGCCGCUGUGAGCUCUGCUGUCAGUACCUCGGGCUCCACAAGCAGUCAGGGGGAGCAGAGCAACCCAGCGCAGUCUCCCUUCUCUCCCCAUGCCUCCCCUCACCUCUCCAGCAUGCGCAGCGGCCCCUCCCCCUCCCCAGUGGGCUCUCCCGUCGGGAGCAACCAGUCCAGGUCUGGUCCCAUCUCCCCUGCGAGUAUUCCAGGCAGCCAGAUGGCCUCUCAGACUCCGGGUCUCCAGUCUGAACCCGGAUCACACCCUACAAUCAACCAGAUCCCAAUGUCUCAGGAGAGAGGUUUUCUGCCUGGCAUGCAGCGGAACCCUCCGAUGUCCCAGCAUGCAACUCAGCAGUCUGGACCCUCCAUGUCUCCACACCCUUCCCCUCGAGGCCUGGUGCAUCCUGGGAUGGGUCCGAUGUCCCAGCAUGCAACUCAGCAGUCUGGACCCCCCAUAUCCCCACACCCUUCGGCUGGAGGCCAGGUGCAUCCUGGGAUGGGUCCGAUGUCCCAGUAUGCAACUCAGCAGUCUGGACCCUCCAUGUCCCGACACCCUUCGGCUGGAGGCCAGGUGCAUUCUGGGAUGGGUCCGAUGUCCCAGCAUGCAACUCAGCAAUCUGGAACCUCCAUGUCCCCACACCCUUCGGUUGGAGGCCAGGUGCAUCCUGGGAUGGGUCCGAUGUCCCAGUAUGCAACUCAACAGUCUGGACCCUCCAUGUCCCCACACCCUUCGGCUGGAGGCCAGGUGCAUUCUGGGAUGGGUCCAAUGUCCCAGUAUGCAACUCAGCAGUCUGGACCCUCCAUGUCCCCACACCCUUCACCUGGCAUGGGUGCCUACCAGCAGGGCGGCUCCAGCGGCACGUAUGGGCCUCAGAGUGGACACUAUGGACCUCAAGGUAACUAUCCGAGGCCACCAAAUUAUGGAGGGGCACCAAGCGCCAACUACAGUGGAGGAGGUCCUGGCAUGAGCAACAGCUUGGGUAUGAAUGCCAGCAGCCCGAUGCACGGGCAGGGUCCUGGGCAGCCCUGUGGCUCCAUGCCCCUGGGCCGGGGGCCAGCCUCAGGAAUGGCCAGCAGACCGUACCCUGGAAGCAUGAGCAACAUGGCUCCCAACUCUCCCAGCAUGCCUCAGCAGGCCGUCCAGGGGAUGGGCCCCCCUCUGCCCUCCAUCAACCGCAAGGCUCAGGAGGCCGCUGCUGCCGUCAUGCAAGCAGCUGCCAGCUCCGCCCACAGCAGGCUGGCAUACGUUAAGUCACCUGUCUACCCCAGCCAGGCUGGGUCCGGGGGACCGGGCGUGUUCAUGCAGCAACACCCAAACUACAGUCAGUCUCCCAUGAUGCACCAGCCAGACCAGUACAGGCAAAGCAGCUACCCCAGUAUGAAUCAAAGUGGUAUGAUGGGCUCAAACUCCCCCUGCAGCCAGCCCAUGAACAACAACUCGGGGGCGAUGAACCCACAAGGCCCUGCCUACGACAUGGGCAGCAGCUCUGCAGGUCUCAUGGGUCUUGUAGGGGACAUGAUGAAUGCUGCUGACCCAAAGCUGCCCCGGAAACCAGAGAUCAAAGAGGCCAGCAUCCCUCCACCGGAGACCAAGACCAGGGCAUCUUCUCUUCAGCAUGUGGACAGCAUCCCUCCACCGGAGACCAAGACCAGGGCAUCUUCUCUUCAGCAUGUGGACAGCAUCCCUCCACCAGAGACCAAGACCAAGGCAUCUUCUCUUCAGCAUGUGGACAGCAUCCCUCCACCGGAGACCAAGACCAAGGCAUCUUCUCUACAGCAUGUGGACAGUAUCCCUCCACCGGAGACCAAGACCAAGGUAUCUUCUCUUCAGCAUGUGGACAGCAUCCCUCCACCGGAGACCAAGACCAAGGCAUCUUCUCUACAGCAUGUGGACAGCAUCCCUCCACCGGAGACCAAGACCAAGGCAUCUUCUCUACAGCAUGUGGACAGCAUCCCUCCACCGGAGACCAAGACCAAGGUAUCUUCUCUUCAGCAUGUGGACAGCAUCCCUCCACCGGAGACCAAGACCAAGGUAUCUUCUCUUCAGCAUGUGGACAGCAUCCCUCCACCAGAGACCAAGACCAAGGAUAGCCCCAGCUCUCACAGUAUUUCUCAGCCCCCUACCCCAGGCAGCCUGCCAGCCCCUUCCCCCCUGUCCCCCUGCACCGCUAGCAUCUCCUCAUUUCAUGGAGAUGAAAGUGAUUGCAUUAGCAGCCCGGGCUGGCCAAAGACUCCAGCAAGCCCUAAGUCCAGCUCCUCCACCACCAGUAACGAGAAGAUCAGCAAGCUGUACGAGAUGGGCAGCGAGCCCGAGCGCGGGGUGUGGGUGGAGCGCUACCUGGGUUUCAUGGAGGAGAGGGGGACGGCUGUCCUUAACCUGCCAGCUGUGGGGAAGAAGCCCCUGGACCUCUGCCGACUCUACAUGGCGGUUAAGGAAAUCGGUGGCCUGGCCCAGGUUAAUAAAAGUAAGAAAUGGCGAGAGCUCUCCAGCAUCCUCAACAUGGGCACCUCGAGCAGCGCUGCCAGCUCCCUUAAGAAGCACUACAUCCAAUACCUGUUCGCCUUUGAGUGUAAAGUGGAGCGCGGAGAGGAGCCGCCACCCGGAAUCUUUGCUGUGGGAGACAACAAGAAGCAAGCCAGGAUCCAGCCGCCAUCUCCUGCCAAUUCAGGCUCCUUGCAAGGCCCCCAGACCCCACAGUCAACUGACAGCAACUCCAUGACUGAAGCUCCAGGAGAACUCCAGCCUCCAGCCCCAGUCUCUGCAGCACAUGGGCAGAUGCCACCCCUGCAGGGUAACAGAAGCAGUGCGGUCAGCGUGCAGGACCCCUUUUCCGAGGUCAGUGACCCUGCAUUCCAGAAGCACAGCACUCCGUACCAGCAGGGGAUGACCACGCCUGAGGGGGUGAUGAGGAUGCACUUUGAAUCCAAUAAGGGUCCUCUUGGUGGGAUGAGAAAAGUGCCUGGAAACAGUGAGCCCUUCAUGAGUCCAGCACAGCUGUCCAGCAGCGGGAUACAGGACAUGUACAGCCGGCCCCCCUCAGCCGGGAUGUCCAGUCUGGGGAUGGGGCAGCGGCAGCAGUACUCCUACGGGCCGGGGUAUGACAGGAGACCAGAUCAUGGGAUGGGCCCAGAAGGUAGUUUGGGGCCCACUGGUGGUCAGAGUAACAUGGUGCCUUCAAACAGUGACCCCAGCAUGUACUCUCCACACCGACACCCUGGCCAGCAGAGACAUGACCCCUAUGGGCAGCAGUACUCAGGACAGGGUCCCCCCUCCUCACAGCUUCCAUAUGGGUCACAUCAGCCUGCCAUGUUCCCUCAGCAACAGGGCUACAAGCGUCCCAUGGAGGGCAUGUACGGCCCCCCAGCCAAGCGCCAUGAAGGGGAAGUCUACAGCAUGCAGUAUGGCAGCCAGCACCCAGACAUGUACAGCCAGUAUGGCAGCAGCUUCUCUGGGCCCGAGCGGCGGCCCAUUCAGGGACAGUAUCCCUACCCUUACAGCCGGGACAGGCUGCAGAUAUCUGGGCAACCCCCCCCACAGCAGCACGGUAUGCUGAGCAGCCCCCUCCAGCACACCUCCAACACUGGCACGGGCCCCCAGCAAAACACGUGGCCCUCCAGGACUGAUCUGCCAUAUCCCUACCCCAACAGACAAGGACCCGGGGGAUCCUCCCAGGGACCUGUCUACCCUGGUGUGGGCAGGGAGGAUGACGGCAUGGUCCCUGACCAGAGGCUAAACCCAGAGAGCCAAUGGCCAAGUCACGUCAACCAGCGACAAUCCCCCUACCUGCCCCCUUCCUCCGGCUCUCUGCCCUCCAUGACCUCACGACCCCCCCAGCCCUCCUAUCAGACUCCUCCCUCUAUGCCAAACCAUAUCUCCCGGGCGCCUAGCCCUGCCUCCUUCCAGCGCUCCCUGGAGUCCCGCAUAUCCCCCAGCAAGUCACCCUUUCUACCAGCCCUGAAGAUGCAGGUGCACCCCGCCCCCGCGUCCCACAUCAGCGGCCCCGCGGCUCAGCCACCAAUCGGCAGGCGUGACAUGGGCUUUCCCCCCGGCUCUGCGGAGGCGACUCAGCCUGUCCUGAAGCCGCGGCGCAGGAUCACCUCCAAGGACACGGCAACCCCAGAGGCGUGGCGUGUGAUGAUGUCUCUAAAAUCCGGCCUCCUGGCCGAAAGCACAUGGGCUCUGGAUACCAUUAACAUCCUUCUGUACGAUGACAGCACGGUCGCCUCGUUUAACCUCCUGCAGUUGCCUGGAUUCUUAGAACUCGUGGUUGAGUACUUCAGAAAAUGCCUGAUUGAAAUAUUCGGCAUCCUAAAGGAAUAUGAAAUUGGUGCUCCAGGCCAGAAGGCUCUUCUUGAACCGGUUUCCAUUAAAAAGGAGAACAUUCAGUCUGAAGCGAGUGAUUGCGGGACAGAGGAGGAUAAAGCAAACUGCAAGGAGGAGCAGACUCAGGAAUCGGAUGAGCCUGAGAGAUCUGAGAUCGACGAGGAGGAGGAGGAGGAGGCAGAGGCAGAGGCAGAGGCAGAGGAACAGGAAGAGAAGAGGGGGGUCGACACUGGACAGGAGACCUUGGACAAGCCCGAGGAGAAGCCAAAACAAGCCAGCAAGUUCGACAAGCUGCCCCUGGAGCUGGUGGAUGCAGAGGAUGACUUUGUGGUGGAGCGUUCGGAGCAGCUGGGACACGUCCAGGAGUUCAGCAGCGGGCUCCUCCAUUGGAAGAUCGGGGGAGGAGACUCCACGGAACACAUCCAGACCCACUUUGAGAGCAGGAUGGAGGUGGCGUUGAGGGGGAGGCAUGUGGACUCCUGUGCCAACCCAGGCUCAGAGCACAAGAAAAAUGAGCAAGUGGAAAUGGAGGAAGCAGUGUCAGAAGAGCAAGUGGAGAACAGCAUCACGGCAACCAUCGAUGACGUGCUGAGUGCCCGCCCUGGAGCUUUCACAGAAGGCAAUCUGUUUCCGACCUCCACACACCCUGACCAGCCGCCCUUACGUAUCUGUCAAGCCAAGAGCCACGGAAACAUCAAGCUUCUGGAAGACGAGCACAGGACUCGAGACGAGCUGCCUCUGUCCACCAUCGCCAGCUGGCAGGACUCUCUCACCAAGCGCUGCAUCUGCGUGUCCAACAUUGUGCGCAGCUUGUCCUUUGUGCCGGGAAACGAUGCUGAGAUGUCAAAACACUCUGGGCUGGUCCUGAUCCUGGGGAAGAUGGUCCUUCUGCACCAUGAGCAUCCCGAGAGGAAGCGAGCCCCCCAGACCUACGAGACUGAAGAGGCGCAGGACAAGGGACUGGCGUGCAGCAAGGACGAGUGGUGGUGGGACUGCCUGGCAGUCCUGCGGGAGAACACCUUGGUCACCAUGGCUAACAUUGCGGGGCACCUGGACCUCUCUCUUUACCCACAGAGCAUUUGCCUGCCCAUCCUGGACGGCCUACUCCACUGGAUGGUCUGCCCAUCAGCCGAGGCCCAGGACCCCUUCCCCAUGGCAGAGCCGAGCUCAGCCCUCACCCCCCAGAGACUUGCGCUGGAGACCCUGUGCAAACUUAGCGUCCAGGACAGCAACGUGGACCUCAUCCUGGCUACCGCGCCCUUCAGCCGGCUGGAGAAGCUGUACGCCACCUUGCUUCGUUUCGUAGGAGACCGCAAGAACCAGGUCUACCGGGAAAUGUCGGUAGCUAUUUUAUCUAACCUUGCCCAGGGGGACACAUUGGCAUCACGGGCCAUAGCUGUGCAGAAAGGAAGCAUUGGGAACUUAUUAAGCUUCCUGGAGGAUGGGGUCACCCUGGCUCAGUACCAACAGAGCCAGCACAACCACCUCCACAUGGAGCCACCCAGCAUCAGCAUGAUGUGCAGGGCAGCGAAGGCUCUUCUUGCCAUGGCCAGAGUGGAGGAGAAUCGCUCAGAGUUUGUUUUGUUUGAGGGACGGCUGCUUGACAUUUCCAUAUCCUCUGUGCUGAACUCCACAGUGGCCUGCAUCGUUUGUGAAGUACUCUUUCAGAUUGGACACUUAUGACAGCAGUGGGAGGCCAAGCAUGUGUGAGUGGAGACACAAAAACAGGUCACAUAUAAUUGGCUCUAUAUAUUUUGUAUUUAUUAUUAUUAUUAAUAAUAAUAAUAAUAAUAAUAAUAAUAAUAAUAAUAAUAAUAAUAAUAAUAAUAAUAAUAAUAAUAAAGAAGAAUCUUGUACCUCUUUCACUAUUACCAUUUGGGAGCUUUAAAAUCAUUUGACAGCGUUGAUAUUUGCUGUGUCUCGCUGGUAUUUGUGAGGGUUCCUCUCUCAUUAAUUUAUUUUUAGAUUUUUUUUUUAUGUUUUUUUUAUAAAUGUUCAUACAGAUGUUUUGUUUUGUUUUCUUUAACAUACAUAUUUAUAUUGUGACAAAAAUUGUACAAUUGAGUUCUUGUGUCACUUACAGAAAACAAAUCACAAUCUCUGAUUGAGACAAGGAAAUAUGUGCACCUCCCAAAUCGCUGUGCAACAGGGAAAUAGAUUGUGGGUUUAUUCUUAGGCAAUAGACCAAUGUGUGCACCAGGGGGCAGUGUUGCAUUGGCCUGGCAGUUAAAAAACCUAUCUGGAUUUUUUUAGUAAUUCACUUCAAUACUGUCAUAGACACAUCCCAUUGAACCUCCUCAAUAUGAGGGUCUCAAGUGGUUUCUGAAGUCAUGUUGUGUUUGUUUGUUUUGUAUUGCCUAUGGCUCAUCGUGUGCAGAAGCUGUGCAGCCUCAGUUCCUUUCUUUUUUGUUAGUAUAUGACUUGUUUCUUUCUCACCCCCACCCUCCAAAGCUGUGCUUACUACAAAGUGAUGGUAGUUUUUAAUUGUUAUUAUUGUUAUUAUAAUGAUAUUAUUCUAUUAUUACUGUUAUUAAUGUUAUAAAUAUGUUGUUAUUCGGGCCAUUUCUCCUACCCAGAGUCUUGCAAGAAGUCAAGCUCAGUGAUCGAGGUGUGGAAGUGAGUAUUAAAUAAAAUGAAGAUUGCGGAUCUCAAAGAUUUCUUCAGUGAUGCAAAUCAGCAUAUUUCUACUUCAGAUAAUGUUGUUUUAAAAUAUAAACUUGAUGUAAAUUCCUUCUUUUCCUGUGGCUUAAUGAAUAUCAUGUAUUCAGUAUAAAGUUUAUACUUUCUGUUCCACAUGUUCAAAGUAAAUGUACAUUAAAUCUUGUUACACACCUUGA